AUGUCGGCAGCGUCUUCCGUACCAGAGUUCUCUGGCUCUAACAAGGAGAAUGACUUCAAAUUAAAGGAAGAGGCGCUUCAUGACGUUGAGUCACACUCUAGUUUCGAUGAAACAAAAUGGUACAACAAAGGAUUACGAAUUUUUGGAUAUCAAUGCAAACCAUAUUCUCAAGGUGAGAUUCAAAUCUUGAUGGUUUCAUUUGUGUGUUUUAUGACCAUAGGGAUGUACAGCGCUGUCACUGCCCUAGGUGCAGGUGGUACUUUAGAUGCGACUGUUGUUAACAACUCGAAUGUGGCUCUUUACUCUACCUUUGCAACAGUGGGAUUUUUCUCGGGUACAAUUUGCAAUAAGGUUGGUAUAAGACCACUCUUGAGUUCCGGUGGUUGGGGCUAUGCAUUGUACGUCAGUUCAUUAUUGUGUUUCAACCAUACUGGAAACGGUUCAUUUGUCAUUGCUGCUGGCGCAAUCUUGGGAGUUUGUGCUUCUUUCCUAUGGACUGCACAAGGUACGAUCAUGCUCUCAUAUGCCGAAGAAGGUAAUAAGGGUAAAAGUAUUGGUAGAUUUUGGGCAAUUUUCAAAUUGGGUAAGGUUAUCGGUUGUUUCAUCCCUUUGGUUCAAACGGUCAACUCCACUGGUAACCAGUUGGGUGAUGGGUCUUAUGCCGGAUUCAUCGUUUUGAUUGUUAUUGGUGCUAUUAUGGCAGCUGCACUUUUGCCAAUCAGAUUGGUAAGAAAAGCUGACAACUCAAGAGUCGUCAUGAAGCCAAAUCCAACCUGGAAGUCCGAAUUGAAAGGUUUGUGGGUAGUCCUCAAACUUGAGCCAUGGAUCAUUCUUCUUUUCCCAAUGUUUUGGUCCUCCUACUGGUUUGGAACGUAUGAGAGUAAUGACUAUAAUCUGGUCAACUUCAACAUCAGAACCAGAUCUUUGAAUGGUCUUUUGUUCGCCACCUGUGAAGGACUAGGUGCUCUUGGAGCAGGCGCUUUUCUUGAUCUGAGAUUUUGCUCUCGUAAGCAAAUGGCUAGAAUUGGCCUUCUUGUCGUAUUUGUUCUGACCAUGGUAAUUUGGGGUGGUGGUCUCAAAGUACAACUUGGAUACACAAGAGAAACUGUCAAACAAUCCGAUUGGGUACGUAUAGAUUGGUCAGACAGAAAGUACGGUGGCUAUGUUGUGUUAUACAUGCUGUAUGGUGCUUGGGAUUCGGUAUUUCAAACCUACUGUUACUGGUUGAUGGGUGCCUUGACAAAUUCUCCUAGAAAGUUGGCGAUCUACGUCGGAUUCUAUAAAGGAAUCCAGAGUGCGGGAUCAGCUGUUGUUUGGCGUCUGGAUGCUCUGAAAGUGCCAUAUAUGUCAAUGUUUGCGUCCACGUGGGCUCUCGUGGCCGGAUCAUUGAUUGUUGCCAUCCCAGUCGUUCUUUCCAAAGUUAAGGAGGAGACAGACGAAGAAGAUGAUAAUCGCUUUCUCGAUCUCUGA